CUUUUUCAUUUCUAAAUCUAAAGGAUUUUCAAUCGUCGAGACCUCUUCGCAAUAUUCCAAAUCCACUCUUAAAAACGCCGUAUUAAAUCCGCAUAGCGUGCGCCUGUGUUGUACUAGUGGUAAGUAAAUGAAACACAUUGUACCGCGCCUCGAUAAAUCUCGCGAGACUGCCAAUAAAGCAUCAACAGAGCACAAUACCCCGCGCUAGCAUUACGAAUGUAAAAAAUGUCGAUAUCCUUUCGGUUCCUCGAUAUUCUCUCGAUAUAUAUUCGCCGCGUCUCGAUUGUUCAAAAUACCGUGGGAUGCCCACGUCAAUGACAUUGGAACAUUAGUGACGACGUUAAAAUUAUCAGUUAUAGAAUCGAAUCCGUGCUUUCUCUCUGAACAUGACCGUCCUCGGGUCGCAGACCGACAGUGACAGACGGCUGCUAGACUUUCAAAACUACGAUGAGUAUCUGGAUUCCCUGGUGAGUCCCUUGGACAUUUGUUAUCUCAAGAGCAGCAAGACCGCGCGUCAACUGGCCGAGCUCGGCUACCGCUGCACCGGCGAAACUCUGGGCAAGGAGAGCUUCUACCGUCGCUUGCGGAUCGAGGACAUACUGUUCCCCGUUCAUCGGACCUACGUGCUCACGUCAGAAUUUGUGACACCACGCGGCAGGUUAAUGGAAGAGCUCGCCCUGCGGGAACGCGCCAACCGAUUGGGAAUCCUGUUGACUAUCGCGUAUCGCCGCUUCGCGAGGUUGCAGUUCGAGGAAUCGGCCUACAUUGACUUCGCUGACCGACUCACGUCGGAAAACUGGUUGCCGUAUUAUCGAGGAGACAGGAAACUCUCACCGCUCAGGAGAGAUCUCGCAUACUACCACUGGAGAAUGGGACAAACGUGCCUGAACGAAACCCGCAAUUACGUACCGAUCAUAGAUCCCGAGCGCGGCCUGUUAUUCAAGAACGUUCAUGACAGACAGCUGAUCACUGUCGAUCCGACUGCCACUUCGCCCGGCGUGCACACCACGCGAGUACGGAUACGUUGUCCAUUUUAUGAACACGUUAUACUGUACGAUCAUGUCGUCAGAAGCAAAAUUCUCCAUGGGAAUUCGAAGCAUCAAUAGCAACUCGACUUUGUCACGGUGAUUAAAUUAUUAGAUACGUAGUUUAUUCUUAUCAUCCUUCAAAGGAAUGGAAAUGAUAAUAAUCGAAAUAUUUUAAGAUAUAAAAUUAAUGAAUCAUUACGUAACUUUAAAUCUAUUUGGAAUAAAGCAUUUAAAUCAGUGUCGCGAUAGAUCGCCAAUCUUUUGACGCGAAUGAUAGAGACAGAAAUGCGGAAAUAAGAAUAAAUUAUAAAAUCGUUCUCUCAAGGAGCGAGAUUAAUUUCGAUUGUAUCCUGACAGUUAAAUAUAGAAGAAAGAUUUAAGAUU